AUUGCAGGAAGCUACCUUAUAAAGAUUGCUACUCCUACCGGUUCUUUUCCUCUUCAGACAUUGAGAUCUAGUUUUGCCACGGGCGGCACAGCUAAUUUUUCGGUGCAACCGCUAAGCUGCUGGCAAGCUAUUAUCCUCCUGCCCAGUAUAGCAGCUGAGUAGUCUCUCACACCACGCCGGAAGCGGAGAUCAUCGUGAGAGUUCUUGCGGAAGUAAGGCGUGCCUGGCGCGGCGCUACAAGCAUGGAGAACUAUACGCGGGUUCACAAGCCUCGUGAUGACGGGCCUACCGCGGAAAAUGAGGUGCGCAUACGGUCGACGGAGCAGACGCGCUUCUAUGUUUCACUUGCCCUGAACCUACUGCGCGAGAAAGGACAUCGUACUGUUGUGCUGAAGGCUAUGGGCAAGGCCAUCAACAAGACGGUGGCUAUUGCCGAGGUGGUCAAGCGCCGUGUGGCCGGUCUGCAUCAGCUUUCCGAGACCUCCAGCAUGACGCUCGUUGACGAGUACGAACCUAAUGAAGCGGGCCUGAACCCCAUCCAGGUCUCUCGCAACGUCUCCGUGCUCACUGUCACCCUCUCCCUCGACGAGCUGGAUACCACGAGGCCCGGGUACCAGCCACCACUACCGCCGGACCAGGUCAAGCCCGAGCAGCCGCCGCGUGCCGCUGCAGCCGCUGGGCGGGCCCGUGGCCGCGGGGGCGAGGGUGGUCGCGGACGCGGUCGGGGCCGGGGCAGGUGCGUGUACACAUGUUGGGCCAGCGGAGCGACUGGAUCUAUUUGUAGCCGAAUACACCUUCACCCUUGCGCUCUGCUGUCAUUAAUGAUUUCUUCCUGCAGGGGACGGCGGCGUGGUGGCGGCGGCCGUGGCCGUGGUGGCGCCGCCGCAGCGGCGGCGGGCGGUGAAGGCGAGGCGGCCGAGGGCGGUGCGCCCGCGCAAGGGGGUGGUCGGGGUCGGGGCCGUGGGAGAGGGCGGGGACGCGGAAGGGGACGUGGUGGCCGUGGCCGCGGCGGCGCCCCCCCUGGUGAGGCGGCACCAGCUGAGGCUCCACCUGCCGUCGAGGCGCUGGCGUAG